AUGCCGAAAAGACGGGACGUUGUUCCCAUUGUAUUGAUCCUGAUGCCUAUGGUUUUCAUCAUUUAUAUUUGGCAUGACAAUAUAGUCUCUCCUCUAAUUGCAGGCCUGAAAGGUAAGAAACUACCUACAAGGACUAUACUCAAUGCCCUUGCUAUCAAGGAAUCUCACUCACAGAGCAUAUUCGAGGUGGUGCACAUUGAGAACUUCUACAGCCGGCCAUUACCCAAGUCUGACAUCCUGACAACCAUAUAUGUCAUCACCCCAACCUACCGCCGGCCCAUGCAGAAAGCUGACCUCACUUGUCUAGCCAACACUUUGCUCAAUGUGGCCAACCUGCACUGGAUCGUAGUGGAGGACUCACAAAAAAGGACGUCUUUGGUUAGUCGUCUCCUUCAUGAGACAGAACUCAACUACACCCACCUCAACGUUCAGACACCUGCAAAUUCCAUAAAGCAUGCGCGCCCAGGUCAAAAAUUCCCUAGGGGCACUUUGCAAAGAAAUCUUGCCUUGCAAUGGCUCCGAGCGACCUUCAAUGACCACAAUACCCAGCCGGGCAUUGUCUACUUUGCAGAUGAUGACAACGCUUAUAGCCUGAAAGUGUUUGAUGAGAUGCGAUCAACGAAAAAGGUCUCUGUGUGGCCUGUACCAUUUGUUGGAGGCCUUCGGUACGAGUCCCCCAAAGUAAACAGCUUGGGGAAGGUGUAUGGCUGGAGUGUUGUAUAUGAUCCACAUCGACCGUUUGCCCUUGACAUGGCUGGCUUUGCAGUAAACCUGCACCUCAUCCUGUCCAAGCCUCAUGCAUAUUUCAAGCUAGAUGCGAAGGGAGGCUACCAAGAAAGCAGUUUGUUAAUGGAGCUGGUCACCCUCAACGAUCUGGAGCCGAAAGCAGCAAAUUGCACUAAGGUAUUAGUGUGGCACACCCGUACAGAGAAGCCUUUACUCAUAAAUGAAGGAAAGAUGGGAUUUACAGAUUCGAAUGUGGAGAUUUGA